UGUAACGUUAGGUAGCAAUACUUAAGUUCUCCAAUUCUCAAGACUAAGUAUUAAAAUGGCUGCUAGAUAUGAUCGAGCCAUAACAGUCUUCUCGCCUGACGGGCAUCUGUUCCAAGUAGAAUAUGCUCAAGAGGCAGUAAAAAAGGGUUCUACGGCUGUGGGGAUCAGGGGAAAGGACAUUGUUGUACUGGGCGUGGAGAAGAAGUCUGUGGCAAAGCUGCAGGAGGAGAGAACCGUCAGGAAGAUCUGUGCUCUGGAUGAGCAUGUGUGUAUGGCCUUUGCAGGCCGGACUGUAUAUGCUUACUGCCCUGUUUGUCUGUGCCCUUUGUGUUCAGGUCUGACGGCAGAUGCUCGCAUUGUCAUCAAUAGAGCCAGGGUGGAGUGUCAGAGUCACAGGCUGACAGUAGAGGACCCUGUUACAGUAGAGUACAUCACCCGAUACAUUGCCACGCUCAAACAGCGUUACACCCAGAGUAACGGGCGUCGGCCUUUUGGGAUCUCGGCUCUGAUUGUGGGCUUUGACUAUGAUGGAACUCCACGCCUGUAUCAGACUGACCCAUCAGGAACGUACCACGCCUGGAAGGCCAACGCCAUCGGUCGCAGCGCAAAGACGGUGAGGGAGUUUCUGGAGAAGAACUACACCGACGAAGCCAUAGCCAGUGACAACGAUGCCAUUAAACUGGCCAUUAAGGCCCUGCUAGAGGUGGUCCAGUCUGGUGGUAAGAACAUUGAGCUGGCCAUUAUCAGGAGGAACCAGCCGCUCAAGAUUCUGGAGUCUAAAGAGAUCGAGACGUUGGUGGCAGAGAUAGAGAAGGAGAAGGAGGAAGAGGCGGAGAAGAAGAAGCAGAAGAAGUCCUCGUAGAACGUGUGCAGACACACACACACACACACACACACACACACACUAAGCUGCUUUGUUGUUGGUGUGUACAUGGGCAGCAGCACUUGGCUCUGGUCUCUCCUCUUCACAGACUCUCUGUGAUUAUACACCUGUAGCUUAUCAAGGACAACACACACCACGUCACGUUGUCUGGAGUUUCCGUUAUUUAUCCGUUACUCUCUGAAGAAAACCACCCGCCGACAUAUUUCAGGACGUGUUUACUGAAUGUCACUGACUCCUGUGUUACAUACAGUUUGAACCGGAGACUGGGUUUCCACAGUCUCUGUUUCCACACCGAACCGCUCUUUUGUGUUAGUUAAUUACCUGGUUGUUUCACAUCUUUGUAACUGUGCUUCUACUACAGUGGAGGAUUCUGAACUUUAGCAGUUUAAUAAAGUAUUGUGGUUUGUAUUG